CAGAACAUUUUAUUGUAGGCCCACUCAGUGUGCAAAGUCCAAAAACAACUACUUGACUCUGCUACAAAGUUUCCAGAACACUCUAUACCCUCAAGGCUAUUGGAUAAAGCAUGGACGACCUACCAGAGCUUGCAGAUGAUGGACAUAACUGGACAGCUUAUGGCAGCUGGGUCCUAAAUGCCAUUGCAGAUGAAGGCUUGAUGGGGUUCCUACUCGGGUCUGAAACACGACCUAUACAUCCAGCACAGCUGAAAGGUCGAGGUGAGGGCUGGACACCUCAGACCAAUGAGGAACGAGACAAGGUCACAGCAUGGCAAACCUCAGAUGAGUUCUGGCACAAGCAGAGCUCAAAGGUCAAUCUUCUAUUGAUCUUCGGAAUUUCGGACUACAUAUUCUCAUUCAUACUCCAUCUAAAAACACCCCUCGAGAAGUUCACCUACCUCGAGAAGUGCUAUGGCUCAGUUACGAGACCAGAAAGCUGGAAAAUGACUGAGGAGGACGUGCAAAGUGAUGACUUGCAAAAUUGCCACUCACCUGUACUACACGAGGCUGAAGCAACCUCUCAGCAAACCAGUGGCAGCCUUCUCAGCCAGUUGGCUACUCAUGACAACAAAAAGGACAGUGCAGAGCUGUCACUAGAGACUGUAGAAGUCAUGCCUAGUCAGUGCAGACAAGUCAAAGUGUCAAGCAUUGACAUACCUACAGCAGAGGUCGAACAUGCCCUAAAUCAGCACUCGGAGCUGGAGCUGGAGGGAGUGCCAUGCGAAGCAGGCAGCAGCUCAAUGGAUGAACUUGGAGAUGCAAACCCUAAGACAUCAAGUGGCCAUACAGAUGAGACCAGCGCUACAGGCACACACAGUCAACUCGUCGUUGCCAACAUGACAAGGGAUUUACAUCUACUCAAACCUGGCAGCAAGACUUUCGAUCUCACAAUCAAUUCUACUAAUCUCAAGAACACUCAUGCCAUCAAAACUACUUCGCAGACACCUGUCAAUCAUGAUUAG